AUGGUGAACAACGUAGAUACAAUUCGUCCUAAUAAACUAUCAAUUCGUGAGCAUCAAAAAGAUGUCACCUAUGAUUCUCCGCAUCGCCUGUAUGAUCAUCGCCAACCCAUGUGUCAUCGAGAAAGAGAACUGGGGAUGAGACACCACAUAUUCAAGAUUCUUUGGAACAGUAGUAACUUUUCUUCGCCAAUCGAGAAACGACUUUUAGCUGGCGGUGCCUGUGUACUUGUCGUCGGAACCAACCCCUCAAUAAUGACAUUUGAUUUAGCCGCUGCUUACCCACACUCCACAUUCAUAGGUCUCGAAAUAUUUCCCCCACAUCUUUCCUCGCCACCACUUUCUCCUUCUUCGCCUUCGGUCGAACCUCCCAAUGCCACCAUCUUACAAACUCAUACACUAACAUCACCACAAAUUCCAUUUCCCAAGGAAUGUUUCGAUUUUGUCUACUAUCAUUCUUUAAUGGUACCUACCGUUGAUCCGCGUGAAAUUCCACGUGAGUUCGAAGGUUGGUCACGAGAAAAAGAGGUGAAAUACGAAUUGGGGUUGGUGAAUGACAUGAUUCGAGUAUUGAAACCGAACGGAUGGAUCGAGUUCAUGAAAGUUGAGGAUAUGUGUGAUUGCGAGCUAGGAAACGUUACGAAGAAGAUGACUAAAAGUUAUCUUGAAUCCAUGGACGCAAGCGCCGUUUGCACAUUGAAUUCCAAAAGCCUAAAAUCUCUUCUCGCCUCCACAAAAAAACUUCAUAAUAUCACAGAAGAAUCCAAGGAUAUUGUGUUGGGAAUAAACGGUGGACGAAUUGGCGAGUUGUUGGCGAACACUCUGUUCAACCAAAUAAAUUCAAACGGUUCCUCAUUGGCGGCAUAUAUGAAGGUUUCCGUACAAGAAUUUAACGAGAUGUAUAGUGCAAUGAUUAAAGAAAUUAAUGAGUGCAAGGCUCGUUGCCAUUCGUAUAGAAAAAUGACAACGGAAGUCACAACCUCCACCGUGAAUGAAAUUGAACCGGUGGUGGAAGCGGAAUCAAAAAGUACCACUAGUAACCUAAAAUCUUUUCUGGCGGGAGGUUUUGGUGGGAUAUCAUGUGUGCUUGUAGGACAUCCAUUCGAUUUGGUCAAAGUACGUCUGCAGACAGCUAAGGAUGGUCAGUACAAAGGUAUGUUGGAUGUCACCAGACAAAUAAUCAAGGCUGACGGGAUACGUGGUAUGUACAGAGGUAUGGGUCCUCCGCUAGUAGGAAUCACCCCGAUUUUUUCGAUAAGUUUUUGGUCUUAUAAUCUCGGUAAAAAAAUCGUGUACUGGGGGACACCAAACCGCAAAUCACAAGAACUCACUUUGACCGAAUACGCAACUGCUGGUCUCAUCUCGGCUGGUCCGACUACUUUGAUCAUGGCCCCAGUGGAGAGGAUAAAAGUUUUAUUGCAAAUCCAAGGUCAAGGUGGCGAAGCAAGAUACAAAGGGCCGAUAGACGUGGUGCGUCAGCUCUAUAAAGAAGGCGGAUUUUCCAGCAUUUUUCGUGGAGUGGGUGCCACUUUACUUCGCGAUGGUCCAGGUUCAGCUGUCUAUUUUUGGGCCUAUGAGUUGACCAAGAAACUUUUGACACCUCCCGACACCGAUACCCUAAAUCCUUUGGCCAUUUUAUUUGCCGGAGGCAUGGCUGGUGUCGCGAUGUGGACGAUCGCAAUUCCACCGGAUGUGAUAAAAUCGCGUAUACAAUCUGCACCAGCCGGCACCUAUCGUGGUUUUGUUGAUUGUUUGCAGAAAACGGUCAGGACAGAUGGACCCAAAGCCUUAUUUAAAGGUCUAGGACCUGCGCUGUUAAGAGCCUAUCCGGCUAACGCCGCCGCAUUCUUGGGUUAUGAAACUAGCUUGAAG